UCUAGCUAUAGCGGUCGUGCGCUCGUCUGAUUAUGGCCAUCCCUGUUUCGACCGCCCCGUCGCCUCGGAUCUUCCUGCUGCGUGUUGUUAGAAGCUACAGGUAGCUAUACCAAUAUCGUUUAACCAGAUCUGCGAGUGGAUUUCCAUAUCAGCACAUGUUAAUUAUACCUAAUGAUGGAUCAAACUGGGGUUCUUUUCUUGCUGACGGUUUUAGGCAUACUGUCUCAGACCACGCCUCUUGAAUACCUAGUACUCUCCACCUCUGUCGAUCCUCUAUACCCCCCCUCUCUUUACCCAAUCAUCCGAGCUAAGACUACAUCCAUAUACACAGCAAGUCUGGGAGGAUCAGGCGUGGUUUAUGAUCUUUCAUUUUCUAUCUUACUACCAGGUGCCCAGCAGCUUCAAAGCAAUGGGCUGCAUACUGCUAGAGUAUGUUUGGUCUGAUAGAUAGAUGGCGUUGAGGUCCCAUUCGGACACAGGCGUCUAGUUCCUCAUUGUUGUUAUCCCAUGAUCAAGCC